AUGCCAGCAGCGUCAACCGCGGCCCAGAAUGCUCCAGCUACGCCUGUCAACGUGAAGGAUGUCGAGCCAGAUGAGGAAUGGAAGGCCGACCUCAGGCGCACCAUUGAGGCGAACAUCCAGUCCAUGAUCGACGAGGCCGAGCAGACAAUGAAGGCUGAGAUCGCAAAGGCCCCCUGGAAAGAAGCCCAGCUCGUCGCCGAAAAUCGCGACUUUGUGGAGGCGCUGAAGCAGGGCGCAGUGGAGAACUUUAGGCAGGCUCUUGCACGAGAGCGCCAGGAGAGGCGCUGGGCUGCUGGCAUGAUCAUCGGGGACACUUGGAUGGGCACCUUGAGGUCGGAACAGGAGGUCAUUUAUGCUCAGAUUAAGCAGGGUCAGAGGUCCGGAGUCGAUGACAGCCCCGUCGAUGACCGCAGUCAGCAGCCCCCGCCGCCUGCCCAGCCGCCACCUCAACCGCAGUCGACCGAACCACCAGCCUCCAGUCCACCCCCAGCGCCCCCAAGGCAGUUCUUCUACCCACCACCGCCACCACCGCCACGCACAACAACGUACCCAACACCUCCUGACACACAUCCUCCCCCGGGUACGCCAAAUCGACGAGGGUCCGAUGCACACCAUGAUCGAACCGAUUUUGGGGGAAGUAUUCGACGGCCCAAGACGACAGUCAACGCUCCACCACCUUCCACCCCGGACUGGUUAGGACGUUCCCAUGAUAGCAAACCUGAAGAGCGGGACGAGAGACAAAUGUUAUCAUCAUCCCGAUCGUCAUGGACCGCAUCCGAGAGGGCGGCAUCCGCAGCCUCAGUAACCCGCCCUGUCGAAUUGCGACCACCUCCGGGCACCAGUCCCAUGUCCGAUCGCCAUCUCGCGCAUUCCCCUCCUACCAGCACUUCUCCGUUAUUCUGGAAGCCUUCAAUGACCCCUGAAGAAGACGCGAUGGAAACAACAAAGCAUUUCACAAUUGGUAGGAGGGGGAGUACCGCUAGCAUGCGCUCCACUGGGUCUGGGAACAGUAUGCGGGUCCCCGUCGUUGCUGAUACCAUUCCCGAGACAAUAGACGCUGGUGACUCUCCCGAGGUCGUCGCGAUGCGCAUCUUGCAGGAUCAGAAACAGAUUGAGGAGGAAAGAGCGAGGCAGAAGGCACUUCAGAAGGAAUGGUCAGACCAGGAUCGGCAACGGCGAGAUUCGAGGGGCAGUGGAAUGACCGAGGACGCCCCCAACUACGACAAUCUGCGCUCACCGUCGCAUUCCCUUGGGCCCCUACCCUCUGGUGAUUCGUCGAAACGCAGGCGGGACUCGCGUAACAAGACCAUCCCAGAGGAAGGAGGGAGCAUGAUGUACCCACCGCGAACGCCCUUGCCAGAAUCCAAGCAACGGUUAGGUUCAAAGAAGUCGUUCAUCAGCGAUUAUCCUCAACAGCUGCCGCCGCCGCUGGAAUCUCCAGACCAUCUCAGGCAGUCGCAGACCAUGCGAAACGCGCUUAACAUGGACCAGUCUGCUUCCCACCACUACCCCGAGGAGAACGAAUACCCAUCCUCUCGAUAUGCUUCCAAGUCUGUUUCUCGCAAGACGUCGUUUGUCGAUCCACACGAAGCUCAAUCUUCACCCAUGCCAUCCUCCGUCCGCAGCAAGCGUCGAACGAUUGAGAAAGCCUCUGCUGUGUUCCAUGAUGAGCCUGAAGACAUGUACGGUCCCUCCAACCAUAGUUCCCGACGGCAUCAUUCUUCUACUCUUCCUACCCCACCAACGUCGGCUGGACGUAUGGCCCUUCGCCAGGAAAUGGAGUUUGACCAGCAUCUCGACUACGAGCUGGACUAUGGCACCCAACCCUAUCGUCGCGAGCCCGACCAUGGACCCCGACCUCGAUCUGAUUCCUCCGAGUUUGAGCAUCCCAAGAGGACGCGAUCGAAGUAUAAGAAGAAUGGCGUUAAACCUACCUUGCCUACAUUGAUUGAUCCCCAAUACCCCAGUGGUUAUCGAAAUGCGUAUGUCCCUCACUCGUCCCAGACACAGCCCGUCCUUGUUCCUCGACUGAACAACAACAAGACGCCCCACCCAGAAACGAAACGAUGGUCGCAGGAGGACCCCUAUGCGCGCGAUUACGGCCACUACCCGGACGAACCCAGACCCCCACCGCCCCGCUCUGCUGGUAGCAUCCACCGCUCCAAUUCGAUGCAAAGUCAAGGCCCGCCACCGUCCAGAAGUCAGUGGAAGGAACCACCACCCACCGCACCCGCGUUUGUCCCGCCCUCGCACUUCCGUCCCACCAAACCCCACCACCACCGGCGCCGUCCAGGCCAAAACGGGGGUGCCGACUCGAGCGAGGAGCCGUCUGAAGAGAGCACGGAUGUGAGUAAUGGAGACGCGGACGAUGACGAGGACGACGAUAGUGUCGAGCGUACCAGCGAGGAGAACGAGCGGGAUUUCGGGGAUGAUAUGGACGACGAUGAUGAGAGCGAUGGGAAUGGGAAUGGCAAGGUCAAGGGGAGCACGAAAGAAAAUGGUGGGUGUUCUGUCAGGGAACGACGGCAUUUGCGUUCGCGGGCGGGUCGCGGGGUUGGGGGUACCAGUAGUUGGCGGGAGCAUUUCCCGUAUGGGAGUUAUGGCCGUUCGUCGCGUGCGCCGUCGACGACGGGUGUGCGGCCUGGGGAGGAGAUGACGAUGCCUAUGCCCAUGCCUGGUAUGCAGCGGCCUCCUCCGAUGGUUCAAGCCGAGUGGGGGUGGGAUCGGAGCAAGAAUAACUCGAAAGGCAAGGAGAGGGAUCGAGAGAGGGAGCGGCAUUGGGAUGAGGGCAUUCCAGAGGUGGAUGAGUUGGAGAGGGGCGAGAUGCGGAGGGUUGGUAGUAGCAGGAAGCAGGCUGCGAAGGAGCAGAGGGAGAGGGAGGAGCUUGAGCAGCGCGAGCGCGAGUUGAGGGAGAGGGAGCAGAGGGAGAAGGAGAGGCAUGAACAGGAGAAGGCGGCGCUUGAGCGACGUGAACGGGAGGAACGUGAGCGGCUGGAGAGGCUGCAGAGGGAGAAAGAGGAGCGGGAGGAGCGGGAGAGGCUGGAGCGGAUCGAGAGGGAGACGGAGAGGAUUGAGCAGUUGGAGAGGGAGCAUAAGAGGAUUGAGUUGGAGAAGGAGAGGGAGAGGGACAGGUUGAGGACGGAGCAGAUGUUGAAUAGUCUCGAGACGAAGAGGAGGGAGUUGGAGAGGCAGGCAGCGGAAAGGCUUGAACGGGAUAGGAUAGAGAGGGAGAGAGCGGAGAAGGAGAAAGCUGAGAGGGAGAGGUUGGAGUUGGAGAGGAAGGAGAAGGAACUCGAGAUGCAGAGGGAGAAGGAAGCUAUCGAAAUGGAGAAGCAGUUGUUGCAGCGGUUGGCGGAGGAGGAGAGGAAGAAGCAGCAGGAGAGGGCGAUGGAGCUCGCACGGGAGAGGGAGGAGGCUGAGAGGGAGGAGGCGCGUCGCAGGGAAGAGCAGGAGAGGAAGAAUCGGGAGACGGAGGAGAUGUUGAACGAUCUUCGUGACAAGGCUGAGAGGGCUUUGAAACUCGCUCAGGAGGCGUCGGCGAACCGGGCUAAGACGCAGGAGGAGAAUGACGAGCUGAGGGCCAAGACCGAGGAGGCGCAGCGGUUGGCCAAGGAGGCGAGUGACAAGCACCGUGCAGCAGAACGUCAACACAUCCAAGCGUUGGAACUCCAACGACAAGCCCGCGAAAAGGAGGCCGCGACGCGAAAGAAGGAGAUCGAGAUCAUGAGGCGAGAGAGGCAAGUGCAGGAGAAAGAGAUGGAGUUGCUGAAGAUGGAAGAGCGAUUGAAGCAGCAGGAGGAGUUGAGAAAGUUGGAAGAGCAGUUGAAGGCGAAGGAGGAGGAGACCAAGAGGCUUGCGGAGAUCCUUGAACAGAGGAAGAAGGACUUGGAGGAUCGGGAUCGCCAGUUGAAGAUUCUUCAGAGCGCGGUGCAGGAUGUUGCGUUGGGUGCGGAGGAGACAGAGGUGGGGACGGAAACUGAGGUGGAAGGGGAGGUGGAGGAUGGUGCUACUGAAGUGACGGACGACCUUGAUAGCGAGGCCGUGGAUCAGGAGGUCGAACCUGAACUUGAGCCUGAGCCAGAACCAGAACCCGAGCCCGAGCCUGAACCAGAACCAGAACCAGAACCGGAGCCCGAACCAGAGCCCGAACCAGAGCCUGAACCGGCGAAGAAGGUGAAGGGGAAGAAAGGCAAGAAGGGUAGGGGGAAGAAGCAGCAGCAACAGGAAGAGGAACGAGACAGGGCUGAGAAGAAGCGUUUAGAGAGGGAGAGGCUGGAGAGGGAGGAGCAAGAGCGGGAGGAGAGAGAACGAGAGGAGAGGGAAAGAGAGGAAAGGAAAAGAGAGGAGAGGGAACGAGAGGAGAGAGAUGCAAGGGAGCGGGAGGAACGAGAGCGAGAGGAAAGAGAAAAGGAGGCGAGACUUCUUGCUGCCGAGGAGAGGGCAAAGGACAGGGAGAGGAAGCGUGAGGAACACAGGAGGAGACUAGAGCAAGAACGACUCGAAAAAGAGAGGUUGGAGGAAGAAGAGAGGAGGAAGGAGGAAGAAGAGCGACAGAAGGCUGAAGAGCAGGAGAAAAAGGAACGUGAAGAAAUGGAGAGGGCUGACAGGGAGAUCGCGGAGAAGCUGCAGAGAGAAGAAGAAGAGAGAGAAAGGGCCAAGUUCGAGCGGUUGCGCAUGGAUCAGGAGAGGCUUCACAAACUUACUGAAGAAGUGGAAAAAGUGCGUAUCAAGCGUCGGGAAGAUGAAGCGCGCCGCAAGCAAGAAGAGCAGGAACGUGCCCGUCGGGAUCAGGAAGCUCAUAUUCGCAGCAUGCAACAACAGGAAGAGUUUCGUCAACGGGAGGAGGAGAUCAGACGGCGCAGUGAAAGAAAGAGGCAAGACAGCGUUGGUACCGACGGUGCUUGGCCAAACGCCAGCUUCAGCUCCCCUUACGGUACUCCUCCCACGAGCUCGACGCCCAAGCCACCACCCCCGCGAUCUUCCUCCGCGUCAUUUGCGUCUACCAACGGGUCUGGCGUUCCUCCGGCCUGGACAACCUGGGGCUCCACUGCCUCCUCUGGGGCCUCUGCUUGGUCCUCGACCACCGGUACCUCUGCUUCAUCUGCGUCACGAGCAUCCCCAAGCAAGCCUAGAGCAGGUUCCGUGGGCUCUGGCAAUUUCAACCCCAAUUCUUCGCAGUCGUCAACAUCUGGUCAAGUUCCUUUCUCUGAAGCAGACUGGGCACGAAAGCAGGCCGAAUAUGCCCGUCAACAGCACGAGAAGUUCCGCCAGGAGCAGGAACGGUUGGAGGCUAUACGGCAGGCUCGUGAAGCUGGACCGAUACCAUCGAAAGACUACCUGACGUCGACCUUCGAGAGGAACGAGAGGAUGUGGGCUGCGUUGUCGACGAAGACUGCUCUGCGGUGGGCUGACUUCCCCUGGCCUGUGGUGCGGAAGCCUUCCACGCCGGAGGACAUCACGACCUUUGGGAUCGAAUCAUAUAUCUGUUCACCGCACUAUCCGGACAAAUCUCGGUCAGAGAAGGAUCGUAUCAAGGAAUAUAUCAAGCGAUGGCACCCUGAUCGGUUCGAAACUAAGUUAUUGGUUAAAGUUUCGGAAGAUGAGAAGGAGCUGGUUAGGGAAGGAGCGGGAUGCGUAGUCAGAAGUUUGAAUGACCUUUUGGCCAAACGGAACGACGCGAAUGAGUGGAUUAGUUAA